AUGCCUCACGUACAAAACAUUCUGACAACGCCUUCUACUAUCGACAUGGUAAAGGAAGACUUUCCACUCCACAAUGUCUGUACUAGAGACAAAGCUCGACUGACUUUUGGUGUAGAACUCGAAAUGGCAAUCGCAAGUCUCCCAAACUCGAAGGAGGAUCCUUCUCCAGAUGAUCCGCGAGACAUUAGAUGUCUUACGCCAUCAAAUUCGGGUUGGACACAUCCUACUCAGCCAAAGAUCUUCUACACACUUGACCACAUAGCCAGGGUACUGACAGAAGCAGGAAUACCAUCCUCUCCAGAAGGUGUGCAACCACCACCACCCAAGAGUCACUGGGUUGUUGCGGAGGACAGCACAAUUCUAGCUCCACACUGCACAAGUCCCCAUGGUAGUUUCGUCGAGCCAAACAGCGCUGAAGAAGAUGAAGCAGCUAUGUACGACUACAAAGGCAUCGAAGUCAUCACACCAGCAUUCUUCUACUCGACAGCAGCCCUCAACGCAAUUCGACAGACCUGUAAGUUCCUAACCUCGACCUUCCGGAUAAACACCAACAUCUCCAGCGGCCUCCACGUCCACGUCGGGAACCAAAGCCAAGGUCUGUCUUUCAAAACAACCCGGAAUCUAUUCGCUACAGUCCUAACCUUCGAGCCUCAGAUCGAUCAAAUCCACGGGAAAUACCGACUACGAGAUAACCAUCACACUCGAGGUCUUCGUGCACACUCCGAGCUCCAUACGCUCGUCGAAAACGAGGAAGACGUCGCGAAAGCAGGUCUCUACCAUCUCAUGCACAACUGCAAGAACAAGGAAGAUCUAGCCGAAGCGACGAAAGCCGAAGGUAACUCGGGCUGGGACAGUAGAAUGGGCUAUAGCAUGAGCAACCUAAUGAGCAACGACGGAGACGGGAAGAUCACAUUCGAGUUCCGCCAGCAUAUCGCGAGUGUAGAUCCCGACGUCGUGGAAAACUGGACGAGAUUCUGUGUCGGGCUGGUGGAGUUCGCGGAUUCAGUUGACUCAGCCGUGCUCGAGGAUUUUCUGUCUAGACAUAUCGGUGAUACGCCCGAGACGUUUGGGAUUGGGAAGGUUUGUGCGGCUGUCGGGCUUCCGCAUCUAGCUGAGUACUACACGCAAAGGGUGAGAGAGCAGAAAGCUAGAGAUGCGGCAACGGAGAGGGAGGAGUGGAUUGCUGCCAGAGAGCUGGAGAAGCGGAAUGCUCAAGCUAAGAGGGAGCAGGAUGCUGAGGCGAAGAAAAAACGGGCAGCUAAGAAGAAACCGUCUUUCUUCUCACUGUUUCGCAGACGAGCAAACGACGCUCCACAUGUUGAGGUCGAUCCAAGACUAAUUCACCAUAUGACAGGGGAACCGACUACUUCUUGGUUGGAGUACCCGAUGUCGUACCUCUGA